CAGAACUUGGAAUUCCUCUCUAUUAAACUCCAUACACCUUGAUCUCUUUUUGCCAAUUCGACUCAAGAGUCCUGCAGUGAUUCUCGGUCGAUUGCUUCUCUUCCUUCUCAUAUACCCACCACACACUCCUUCACAAUGUCUUCUCGUCCCUCCUCACCCGCCAAUGGCCCUGCCGCGGCCAGCGGUUCCAGCAUCAGCCGACCUUCCUCCCCCACGCCUCCCGGCGGCCCUCGAACUGCGAUCCGUCGACGUGCUGCCGCUGAUCAGAAGGAGAAGCUUGCGAAUGCCAGGCCGAGCAGCACACGGGCUGCUGGCGCUGGCGGUUCCAGCAGCACUAUGCUGAGACUCUACACGGACGAGUCUCCCGGAUUGAAGGUUGACCCUGUUGUUGUCCUUGUUCUGUCCCUGGUCUUCAUCUUCAGCGUUGUUGCUCUGCACAUCAUUGCCAAGAUCAGCCGCAAAUUCUCGAGCUAAACACGUUAUACGGCGAUUGGAAUGAUACAAGGGGGAGAGAGAGAGGACACGACAAUGGUGUAAGGCAAGGGAGAAGCAGGGUUUUGCGACGGCUCGAGUUCAACAGGCGCAAGUCAAGCUGAUGCGAGUGUCUGGGCGCAAAAGAGAAAAGAGAGAAAAUGAAGACAAAACCAAACAAACAAUUGACUUACAGCAGCAGGAUGUAUGGGUUUGGUGGGAUACAUUCGACCUGGCCCUUAAUCACCAUGGAGUCUGAGAGCGGAUCAUGAUAUUUUG